AUGUUCGAUGCCGUGCGAGCUUUCGCGCACAACAUGUUCUUGUACACUCACUGCAAACCCCUCAGAGCACUCUAUCAAAAGGAGCUGUUGGAUCAGAGUGCAGGUUACAACGUGGCAUUUCCUUACCUUGUCGUCAACAUCCUGCCGUCUCCUCUUCUCGGACUUAUGAUCGCAGCGAUGCUUGCAGCUCUCAUGUCUUCGCUCGCUUCCGUCUUCAACAGCCUCCGCAAGUCCGCCAGCGAAAAGGAGCUUGUUCUUGUUGGCAAGGUCGCAACAGUUGUCAUGACCAUCCUCGGCAUCUUGUGGAUUCCUCUCAUUCAAAGUCUCUCCUCCGGGUUGUACAUCUACACUCAUAAGGUCAUGGCAUACAUGGCUCCUCCCAUCACUGUCGUUUUUCUCGGAGGCGUUCUUUGGCCUCGUGCCAAUCAGCAGGGAGCAUGGGCAUGUCUCAUGUUCGGCUUCUUUGUGGGUAACUUGCGGCUUGUCGGCGAGAUUUCGAUUGCUAGAUCGCACGACUCAUCUAUUACCUCUCUCUUCUUGUAA